CGUCGUUGUCGUCGUAUGGAAAAAUUUGAAGUUGAGUAGGUGCUGAAAGUCAUUCGGACCAAGACCCGUAGAUUCUUUUGUAAGUACUUACUCUCCUUGCCAGAUAGGUGCUGAGAUACUUUACAACUUCCACAUCGACACUAAGUGUAUAAAUUCUGGAUGCUUUCCUCGAUACCAGGUCAAAAAUUUAAGGCAAAACAUGACCUUGACCGUCGACUACGUCGUAAACGGUGGCCUCCUUCAUCUAGGCUCUUUCUUGAAGAAGCUUAAGCAAUUUGGAGACUUGAUGUCCCUCUAUUGCUUGUCGUGGUGUUUUGGCGUGGCGUGCAUCUGUCUUCUACAUGUAUAAUCGAUUUGCCUUUGCAUCGUGUCCCGCGCUAUGAUGCGAACAAGUUGGUAAGCGCGCAAGAGUAACUCAAAGGUUUUUCAAGACCACCAACGAACGUUGAGCGCAACGAACUCUCAUGUUCACGCAGAUACUUACAACAUUUGUGAUAAGAACAGACGCCAAAAAAUCACCAGGAAAGUUCUCCAAAGUUUUCCAAUUUGAUAUCUUCUCCGAAGACCGCGUUCUUUCGGUUUUACAAUUCCUCCGAGGAACGGAUUUUGCAAGAGUGGGUCAACUAUCAAGUGUAAAACUGUCUGGGUCUGGAAGAAUGCGCGAUUUGUCAUGCUGCUUUUGCAUGACCUAUGAGGUCUGGAAUGCCGGACCUAGCAUGACAGAUUCUGCGAGACCUUUCUAAUGCCUAUCCUGCAUGAGAAACUACCUCCCGACUUGGUCAAAACUGGGCGACUUUUGGCAAUCAUGCAACACAGAUUUUUGCAUGCUGCAGAUUUAGCAUGACAAGUUGCAAUCUUCCAGACCCAGACAUUUUUAUAAUCCAUAUCAACCACGAAAAUGCUUCGGCGCAGAGCAACCUCGAACAGAUGACCGACGCGGCACUGCAGGCGGAGCAGGCGAAGGUGGUGGCGAUGGAAAAGAUGAAUGAGGCAAGAAAACGGGGCGUGGAAACAUGUAUAAUUCGAUAUUUCAGUUUCUUGUGAAGACGCAUGACAAUCGAAGAGUCUGUAACUGGAUAGAAAUAAAAAGUUUUUGUUGGCGUAUAAACAAAACUGCAAUACUGGACCCUGAAGUAACUACACACGAACACCUCUAAUUCUAAAUACUAUACCAACCAGGCCACGCCUACCUGGACCUCGCCCGAAAGACCAAGCCGGGUAAAAACGGGGAGUCCACACUAUAACCCGCUCAGACGUUACAAUCUCAAACGUUACAAUAGAGUCUGAGAUUUGUCUUGCAUGUUGAACAUGACAACCUCGCAGAGCGUUCCACUUUCUGCAAUACAAAUUUCGCCAGAUUGUAGUGGGGUUUGGGGCUCCGGAACUUGUCAUGCGCAAUCCCAUGAGAGUUGGCUAGAUCAUGCACUCUUGCAUCACAGAUUUCCAUAUUCUAUUGUAAGGUUUGAGAUUGUAACACCUGAGCGGGUUAUACAGCCCGUACGACGAGUGCAUGCUGGCCCAAACCGCGAUGCGCGAAGCCGUGGGGAACAACAAUUUAGGUAAAUACUACAACGCGGGAAAAAACAAGAAACCCAUCUACGGGUGCUACAAUCCGCAGGAGCCGCUGAAUUUGAAAGCAGAGCGGUUGAAGGAUAAUUCCGCCGCGGACUCCACACUACUAAACCCCUAUGGCAGCCGGCACGAGCAGUGUCGCAACCGGAAGAGUCAGUUGCAGUGCCGGGGUUUUCUCCGGGUGGCGGCCAUGAAUCAGAUGGCCCGGGAGGGGACCUUUUCCACGCUGUGCAAGUCGAAACUGAAAUACAGCAUCAGGCCGGAGUACUAUUCGGAAAAGGAACGCAACAAACGCGACCGGGUGAAGGAAAUGGAAGGGCUUUUUUGAAUACGUGCUGUGCAUAAGAAGUUUUGAUGUCAGAUAGAAGAGCAAGUAGUUAAGCUGAAGACCGAAACUACGAGCAGAAUAAAGCACAUUCAGCUCGUUGGCAUCGAUGCAUGCCGGAAUCAAGAAGAUAUUGAU